AUAUCUCGAUUCAUCGCGACAGCGCGCGGAGCUGGGCGAGGAGCCUGCGGCCGUCGCCGCCGCCGCCACCGCGAGGAAGUAUAGCCAUGAAUAAUUCACUCGGCUAAAGUGGCCAACACAGUAGUUUCUCCGACCUUGAGGAAGGGAGACUAAAACGGCAUCGAGAUGGGCGAGCUUUUAGGAUCUGCGAGCUUUCUUCACCUCGGCGACAUCGUCAGCCUCUACGCCGAGGGAAAUGUGUCCGGAUUCCUUUCCACAUUGGGAUUGGUCGACGACAGAUGUGUAGUAUGUCCCGAAGCUGGAGAUUUAUCAAAUCCUCCGAAAAAAUUCAGAGAUUGCCUCUUCAAAAUAUGUCCUAUGAACCGAUAUUCUGCUCAAAAGCAAUUCUGGAAGGCAGCAAAACAAAGCGCAAGUUCGGGUACAGACGCUAUACUACUUAAAAGGCUUCAUCAUGCGGCUGAAAUUGAGAAAAAGCAAAAUGAGACUGAAAACAAAAAACUAUUGGGCACCGUGGUUUCGUACGGCAAUGUCAUACAGUUAUUACAUCUCAAGUCCAACAAAUAUCUGACGGUAAACAAGAGGCUGCCGGCGUUGCUGGAGAAGAACGCGAUGAGGGUUUACCUGGACGCGAACGGCAACGAGGGCUCAUGGCUUUACAUAAUGCCGUUCUACAAGCUGCGAAGCGACGGCGACAGCGUCGUCGUCGGCGACAAGGUGAUCAUGGAACCGGUAAACGCGGGUCGGCAAGGCCUUCACGUGGCUGCUAAUUACGAACUGAGCGACAAUCCUGGCUGCAAGGAAGUGAACGUCGUGAACUCGUCCACUUCCUGGAAGGUGACCCUCUUUAUGGAACACCGAGAGAACCAAGAAGAGAUCCUCAAGGGUGGCGAUGUCGUGCGACUGUUUCACGCUGAGCAGGAAAAGUUUCUGACGAUGGACGAGUACAAAAAGAAGCAGCACGUGUUUUUGCGGACGACUGGCAGAACCAGCGCUACCGCGGCCACCAGCAGCAAGGCCUUGUGGGAAGUUGAGGUGGUACAACACGAUCCGUGCAGAGGAGGCGCUGGCCACUGGAAUUCAAUUUUCAGAUUUAAACACCUAGCGACUGGCCAAUAUCUCGCUGCUGAGAUUGAUGCGGAUGAACCACCGGAACCUGUAAAAGGGAAGCGUGAUCCACCUGGACCGGUCUUCAGAUUAGUGUCGGUGCCGCACAGCAACGAGAUUAGCUCAUUAUUUGAACUGGAUCCUACAACUUUAACUAGAGGAGAUAGUCUAGUUCCGCAAUCGUCCUUUGUUAGAUUACACCACAUAUGCACAAAUACUUGGGUCCAUUCAACAAGCGUACCGAUCGAUAAGGAUGACGAGAAACCUGUGAUGUCGAAGGUCGGUUGUGCAAUCAGUAAAGAGGAUAAGGAGGCCUUCGCUUUGAGAUCCGUGUCGCCGGUCGAAGUGCGCGAUUUGGAUUUUGCAAACGACGCCUGCAAAGUGUUGACGGCUAUGAACAGCAAGCUGGAGAAGGGAACCAUUUCGCAUAACGAACGAAGAGCUGUCACCAGCUUGCUACAGGAUAUUGUAUACUUUAUAGCUGGUUUAGAGAAUGAACAGAACAAAUCUGAGGCGUUGGAGUUAAUCGUUACGAAUGCUGUGAGGGAUCGUCAGAAAUUAUUGCGCGAGCAGUACAUCCUUGGACAGUUGUUCAAAAUAUUGCAGGCUCCGUUUUUGGAAACUACAGAGGGUGAAGGACCGUUUCUCAGGAUAGACGAGCUUAACGAUCCAAGACAUGCGCCAUACAAGUAUAUGUUUCGUUUGUGCUAUCGAAUUCUCAGGCUUUCUCAGCAAGAUUAUAGAAAGAAUCAGGAAUACAUUGCUAAAUAUUUUGCAUUUAUGCAAAAACAAAUUGGCUAUGAUAUAUUAGCGGAAGAUACCAUCACCGCACUUUUACACAAUAAUAGAAAAUUGCUGGAGAAACAUAUAACAGCUGCUGAAAUUGAAACGUUUGUCGGUCUUGUCAGAAAAAAUAUGCGUAAUUGGGAGUCGAGAUUUCUGGAUUAUUUGUCGGAUUUAUGUAUUUCUAAAAAAGCAAUAGCUGUAACACAAGAAUUAAUUUGCAAAAGUGUGCUUAGCGAAAAGAACAAGGAUAUUUUGUUAGAAACAAAAAUGGUGAAGACCCAGGUAGAAGUUGAAGAUAUUGAUGAGAAACAAGAAAAUGCCGAACCAAGAAUUACCGUCAUAGAAGAAUUUGAAGUUCUAUUAGAAUGGAAUAAUAGAACUAAAUCAAUGUCUUUGAGUGAGCUGUCCAGAGGAGGGAAAGCGGGAAAUGUAGACGCUGCAAUAUUAGACUAUUAUAGACACCAAUUAAAUCUCUUUAGUAAUAUGUGUUUGAAUAGGCAAUAUUUAGCGCUAAAUAAUCUGUCACCACAUUUGGACAUUGAUCUUAUACUUAAAUGUAUGGAAGACGAAACAGUACCAUACGAAUUACGCGCAUCAUUUUGCCGACUUAUGCUACAUCUUCACGUAGACAGAGAUCCGCAAGAACAAGUAACCCCUGUUAAAUAUGCUCGUCUUUGGUCUGAAAUUCCGUCAAAAAUGAGCAUAAACGAUUAUGACACGAAUAGAAUGCCGGACCAAAAUAAAGAGGCUGUUCGUACUAAAUUUAGUUCUACAAUUAUGUUUGUUGAAGAUUAUCUCUGUAAUGUUGUUGCGAAAAUGUGGUCCUUUGGAGAUCAAGAACAGAAUAAGCUCACGUUUGAGGUUGUUAAAUUAGCACGUGAUCUAAUUUACUUUGGAUUCUACAGUUUUAACGAUUUACUGAGUUUAACGAAGACAUUGCUUAGUAUCUUGGAUUGUAUAUCGGAAAAUGAAUCCACCGAUGGAAAAAUACCUACGGGUGAUAUUGAUUCUGAAGGAGGCAUUCUUAGAUGCAUCGGUGACAUGGGUGCUGUGAUGACAAAUUUAACAUUAGGACCAGCCGGUCAAGUACUACCCAGUUCUUCUCCAAGACCAAAGCCAUUAAUGAAGAAGGAAUAUCCCUUGGUGAUGGACACGAAGCUCAAGAUAAUCGAGAUUCUGCAGUUUAUUCUGGAUGUGCGAUUGGAUUAUAGAAUUUCUUGUCUAUUGAGCAUAUUUAAACGAGAGUUUGACGAGACGGCUGCUUCCGAGAAGACUGGAGAUGUGAUUUUAGGACAGAAGACUAUUGAUUUAGAAGCAAUUGGUACACAAGCGGAAGGGAUAUUUGGGAGCAGCGAAGAAUGUGCGGCACUAGAUUUAGAUGGUCAAGGAGGCAGAACAUUUUUACGUGUGCUGCUGCAUCUAGCGAUGCACGAUUAUCCUCCGUUAGUUUCCGGAGCCUUACAUUUAUUGUUUAGGCAUUUUAGCCAAAGACAAGAAGUUUUACAAGCAUUUAAACAGGUGCAGCUCUUGGUUUCGGAUAGCGAUGUAGAAUCUUACAAACAGAUAAAAGCGGACUUAGAUGUUUUACGCCAGUCUGUCGAGAAAUCUGAACUUUGGGUGUAUAAAUCUAAGGCGACAGAGGAACAUGGAAAUAAGAAAAAGAAAAGUAAAGAAGAGGAGGAUGAAAGCAUAAUUUCUCGUAAACCACCUUUAUUAUCUCUAACGGAUAAACAAGGUUCUGCUAUUGAUUUGGACAUCGGUCCACCGUUGCAUCCCGAGCAAGCUGAGGAAUACAAAAAAAUUCAGCAGAUUUUAAUAAGAAUGAAUAAAUUGUGCAUUCAAAAUCUGCCGGGCGGUCAGGUGAAGGCACGCAAACAUGAACAGAGACUUCUGCGCAAUGUCGGGGUACACACUGUCGUUUUAGAUCUGUUGCAAGUUCCGUUUGAUGCCAAGGAAGAUAUCAGAAUGAACGAGUUGAUGCGUUUGGCGCACGAUUUUCUGCAAAACUUUUGCCUGUCCAAUCAACAAAAUCAGGUUCUUCUGCACAAGCAGUUGGAUCUGUUCUUGAACCCUGGUAUAAGAGAAGCGCAAACAGUAUGCAGUAUCUUCCAAGAUAAUUCUGUUCUCUGCAACGAAGUCAGUGCAAAAGUCAUACAGCACUUUGUACAUUGCAUAGAAACGCAUGGAAAGCAUGUGCAAUAUUUGAAAUUUUUGCAAACUAUAGUGAAAGCUGAAAAUCAGUUUAUUCGAAAAUGUCAAGAGAUGGUGAUGCAGGAGAUGGUUCAAUCAGGAGAAGAUGUUUUAAUCUUUUAUAAUGAUAGAGCCUCCUUUAAUCAUUUUGUGGAAAUGAUGCGAUCUGAAAGACAUCGUAUGGAUGAGAGUAGUCCACUUCAGUAUCAUGUAGAAUUAGUAAAACUUUUAGCUUGCUGCACGAUGGGCAAGAAUGUCAAUACUGAAAUUAAAUGUCACAGUCUCUUACCUCUAGACGACAUCGUUGCUGUGGUAUCACAUCCAGACUGUAUACCUGAGGUGAAGGAGGCAUACAUCAAUUUUCUCAAUCACUGUUACAUCGAUACAGAAGUUGAGAUGAAGGAAAUUUACACUUCAAAUCAUAUGUGGUCCUUGUUUGAAAAAUCUUUUAUAGUUGAUAUGGGUUUAAUUGCCACGUCUACCCACGAUCGAAAUCACGCGGAUACAGCCUUAGAGACUUACGUGACGAGUUGUCUAAUGAACAUUAUAUCUACAUUUUUCAGCAGUCCAUUUUCCGAUCAAAGCACCACCGUGCAGACAAGGCAACCCAUAUUUGUUCAGUUGCUUCAUGCAGCUUUUAAAGUAUCACAAUGUGCAUGGUUAAACGCUGGACAAAGAUUUAACGUCGAGAAUUGUAUACGAACAUUAUCGGAUGUAGCUAAAGGAAGAGGUAUCGCUAUACCAACUGAUUUGGAAAGCCAAGUAGCUUCUAUGUUCAACAAAGCAGCUAUGCUCAGCAGACAGACUAGCAAAUGGCUACAAGCUGCUAAACAACCAAAAAUAGAACGUAGUCAAAGCCAGCUUAUGCGUUUAGAUCGAAGUAUUAUCGAAGGUCUGCAAGACAUAGUAUGUCUAUUAGAGGAACAAUUGAAGCCAUUAGUACAGUCCGAAUUAUCCUUAUUAGUCGAUAUUCUCUAUCGACCGGAAUUACUGUUUCCUGCAGCAACUGAUGCCAGAAAGAGAUGCGAAAAUGGUGGCUUUAUAAAAAGAUUAAUUAAGCAUACUGAAAAGCUGUUAGAAGAAACGGAAGAGAAAUUAUGCGUGAAAGUUUUGAGGACACUUCGAGAAAUGAUGGCUAUCGAUCCUGAGUACGGAGAAAAGAACGAAGGUAUCUCGGAAGAGAAGGAGUCUGAAACGAAGAGCGAGUCACAAGUUGGAACAGAUUCCAAUGAUCAGUCUGAGAAUCGACAAAUAACUCAGCAAGAGCCGGGAGAUGUAUUGAGAAAUAAUCUUCUGGCGCGUUACUUUGGCAAAGGUUUUAUACAAAAACCGGAAAAUGUCGAUAUCGGAGUAUCCCGUAGCGCGACUAUCACCCAUGGUCCAGGAGCAAAGAUAUUAAGCCGAGCUGGCAGAACAUUACACGAAGUGCAAACCCAUCUUGAUCGCGAGGGAACUUCGGAUUUAGUGGUAGAAUUGGUGAUUAAGAGUGUGCAUUCCCCGAGUAUAUUCGUAGAAGCUGUGGAAUUGGGUAUCGCCUUAUUAGAAGGUGGCAAUCCCAUCAUACAAAAGAGUAUGUUUAAUAAACUGAUGGGCGGCGAUUUGAGUCAAUCGUUUUUCAAGGUAUUUUACGAUAAAAUGAAGGAUUCUCAGCAAGAGAUUAAAUCCACCGUGACAGUAAAUACAUCUGAUAUGGCGGUUAAAGCACACGAGGAUAAAGAUGGUAAAGAGGUAGACAAGCUGUCGCGAAAACGCAGCUCAGGGAAGCCCAAUGGAAUGGUGAUAACCGAAGAGCUUCGCGAGGAAUUGAAUCAGGUGUCCAAUGCACAAGCAUACAUGCAGAACGGUCUUGCGCCUGGCGAAGACGCAGCUAAUAAUGUAUUGGAGGAUAUGGCUGAAAAGUUGGACAGAAACAAAAGCGGCAACGCGUCCGACACCGAGAAGGACGAGGGUCAAUUGAGCCCUAAAGUUUUGGUGAUGCAACCGAUUCUACGCUUCUUGCAGCUACUUUGCGAGAAUCACAACAGAGAAUUACAGAAUUUCCUACGGAAUCAAAAUAAUAAGACAAAUUUCAAUCUGGUGUCUGAGACGCUCAUGUUUUUGGACUGCAUUUGCGGUUCUACCACCGGUGGAUUGGGUCUCCUUGGCUUGUACAUCAACGAGUACAAUGUAGCGCUGAUCAAUCAAACUUUGGAAACAUUGACGGAAUACUGUCAAGGACCGUGUCACGAUAAUCAAAACUGCAUCGCCACGCAUGAGUCCAACGGUUUAGAUAUUAUAACGGCAUUGAUACUGAACGAUAUCAAUCCUUUGGAAAAGACCAGAAUGGAUCUGGUAUUGGAAUUAAAGAAUAAUGCAAGUAAAUUACUGCUGGCGAUUAUGGAGAGCAGAGGUGACAGCGAAAACGCCGAGAGGAUCAUGUACAAUAUGAAUCCGAAACAGCUCGUUGAUGUGGCGUGCAAGGCUUUCCAUCAGGAAUCGCUGGAUGACACCGGCGACGUCGACGACACCUCGACAAACGGAGAGGAAGGAGUAUCGCCCAAAGAGGUUGGACAUAAUAUUUACAUCUUGUGCCAUCAAUUAGCGCAGCACAAUAAAGAACUGGCAGUGAUACUGAAACCAUCGGAGCAGAAUAAUGCGGAUCCAAAAAUUAAUAAAGCGUUACAAUACUAUGCAUCUCAUACAGCUCAAAUAGAGAUUGUGAGACACGAUAGAACACUCGAACAAAUUGUCUUUCCGAUUCCGGAGAUCUGCGAACUUAUAACUGUCGAUACAAAAAUAAGAGUACUGAACACUACGGAACGAGAUGAUCAAGGGUCGAAAGUUUCCGAUUUCUUCGAAAGGACAGAAGACAUGUUUAAUGAGAUGAAAUGGCAAAAAAAGCUUAGAGGGCAAUCAAUGUUGUUUUGGAUGAGCAGUUAUAUGUCAUUAUGGAGUAACAUUUUAUUCAAUUGUGCCGUUCUUAUAAAUCUGAUCGUAGCCUUUUUCUAUCCGUUUGUGGAUUCUGUGCCUAAACUCAGUUAUCAUUUAUCAGCUUUAAUUUGGACAGUUAUGCUUGCAUCUGCUGCUAUCGUUAUUACUUUACCAAGGGAAUCCGGUAUACGUACGUUAGUUGCAUCAACGAUAUUGCGAUUGAUUUUCUCUGUAGGUCCAGAACCAACGUUAUGGUUGCUCGGUUUUGUUACGAUUACAUUAAAAAGUGUACAUCUUAUAAGUAUUAUGGGUAAUCAGGGUACCCUGACUAAAAGUGUAGAGCAAAUAAUAACUAAUAUCGAAUUUUUAUAUCACAUAUUGUAUUUAAUAUUCUGCGUUCUGGGGAUUUUUAUGCAUCCAUUUUUCUAUUCAGUUUUACUCUUUGAUGUGGUUUACCGCGAGGAGACUUUGCUCAAUGUAAUAAAAUCUGUAACUCGAAAUGGAAGAUCUAUCAUACUCACUGCUGUCUUAGCUUUGAUUUUAGUGUACAUGUUUUCCAUCAUUGGUUUUAUGUUCUUUAAAGACGAUUUCCUCGUUCCUGUGGAUGAGGAAAUUAUAUCUUCCAUUGAACAGAAAGUUGCAGAUACUUGUAGCAUUGGUGACAAGGAAAAGUGCGAAGUAACAGAAACUAUAUCACAAUAUGCUCGUGAAGCAAAUGAACAAGAAAGUAAAGCUGAAGUGAUAAGCGUCGGCGGAGAAUUAAAGGAACGUACUUGUGAUUCACUCAUUAUGUGUAUAGUCACCACGUUAAAUCAAGGAUUGAGGAAUGGUGGUGGUAUCGGGGAUAUUUUACGAGCACCAUCCAGCGUUGAACCUUUAUUUGUUGCAAGAGUUGUCUAUGAUUUGCUAUUCUUCUUCAUUGUAAUAAUUAUCGUUUUGAAUCUCAUCUUUGGUGUGAUUAUCGAUACAUUUGCGGAUCUUAGAUCAGAGAAGCAGCAGAAGGAAUUGAUUUUGAAAAAUACUUGUUUCAUUUGCGGUUUGAAUAGAUCGGCUUUCGAUAACAAAACAGUUUCCUUUGAGGAACACAUAAAGCAUGAGCAUAAUAUGUGGCAUUAUCUCUACUUCAUUGUGUUAGUGAAGGUGAAGGAUCCGACAGAAUUUACAGGGCCGGAAUCAUACGUUUACUCUAUGGUUAAGGAUCGAAAUCUGGAAUGGUUCCCGAGAUUGCGGGCCAAAUCACUGGCAGCGGACGAAGGUGAAGGUGAGCAAGUGGAAUUGAGAAGUUUACAAUCGCAAUUAGAAUCUACGCAGCAGUUAGUUAAAUGUUUGUCGCAACAACUGAUGGAGCUUCGUGAUCAGAUGACGGAGCAACGAAAGCAAAAGCAGCGACUGGGACUUUGAAUUCUGCCUCUGCAGUUUUACAUAAUAUAUCUACGUAAACUUAAGGCACAUCUUUUGCAGUUUGCGUCUUAUUCCGGACGAAUCUCAGUUUGAUACUCCAAGAUAUAAUAUGUAUGUAGCGAUCAUCAUGUGUUCUAAACACGCAUUUAAAGACACGAAAAUGUAUCGAGUGGAUAACCCGAGGCAUUUUUACGGUUUUGUUCCUAAUUUUAAUGAAAGUAAAAUACACCUAGGGCAUUAAACAUUAUCAUUCUCCUUUCUAUCAUAUAAGCUCUCAACCCAGUUUAUCAGUUAGCCAUAAAGGAAUCUGUAUGUAUCGUAAAUUGCAUUGUUUACCAAUGUAUAAAUUGUUACACAAAUAGAAGAAUUAAGCGUAUCCAUAUAAAAGAGAUUAAUAUAAAAAAACAAAUUAUAUUUAAAAUUUCCACUUGUUGGAAAUUUUAAAAUGUCAUAAAGUAAUAUUCUAAUGUGUUUUAGAAUAUUCUUUUUUUAUGGGAUCAAUCCAUUAUGUUUUAGCUAUAUUAUUAUAAUAUUUAUAUAUAUCCAUGUGUGGAUAUAUUAAAUAAAAGAUACAUUAAAUAAAUUAUAGUAUCAACACUUUACAACAGUUACGAACUUUAUAUAUAUUUCUAUUUUAUGUUAUUAAAGCCAUAUGGUUGUGUUUAUACGAAUUUUG